AUGGAUGUAUUAUAUUCAUUCAUACGAGUCGAUAAAAAACUUGACAGAUUAGCUCGAGAUAUUACUUUUACACAGUCUAUCAAUUUCGUAACAAUACUAUCAAAUGAACAUGAUAAUUCAAGAAACAAUUCAAUACUUAAUCGAUUCUGUCUUUUAACUUUACCUCGAAUUCAGCAAAAUAUUCAAUCUCUUACUCUUGAUUCGUUAUCAACAGAUCGUGUUCUUCGCAUUGGAAAUUAUUCGAAACUUCAUAAAUUUAGUCUUGUUAAUCUUCCAAUUGAAAUGGCAUGUCGUAUUUCCAAUGAUGAAUCAUCAUUAGUUUAUACUCUCAGUCAUCAAAUCUCACAUCUAACUGUUACGAUUAAUGUAGACGACAUAGCUCAACAUAUACGGGAAUUUUGGUAUAGUGAUUUAUUGUAUUCACCAAAAGCAUUUAUUGAUUUAGCAUCUAGAACAUGUUAUUCAUCAAAUAUUGUUCAUGUGAAUGUUAGGCUUAACGAUCUUAAUGAUUGUCUUUGUUUACUUAAUGGACAUCUUAGUCAAUUGCAUACAUUUAUUGUAGAAAUUGAUAUGAUUCGUAAAACAUUGAUGACUAUCAAUAAUACGAAAACUGUGUCUAAUUUACAAUGUUUCUCAUUGAUUUCAUUUCGUGAAACAAUUGAGUAUGAUAAUAAAAUUGUACCAUUGCUUCGUCAAAUGUCAAAAUUAGAAAAACUUACAGUAUCUCUUAUUGUUUAUCGUCGAAUUUCAUUCAUUGAUGGCAAUCAUCUAGUUAAUGAUAUUCUUAAUAAUAUGUCACAUCUCCAUACUUUCCAUAAGUUCUGCAGGGAGAAUAGUUGA